CGGGCUUCCGGCCCUGGCAGGCCCGGCGACCUCGCGCCAAGAGGCGGGUCCUCACCCGGUAAGAAGGGGAGCUGGACCCGACUGUCCGCGGCGCGGGGAGCCAGAGCCACUCCCCGCCCCGAGCCGCCGAGCUCCCGAAGGAACCUUCAUUCAUUCCCUUGCUGGACGCGGGACAUAACUGUUCGCCUGACAGCACAGCGCCUGUGUGCCUCGGGCCCGUGGAAGUUCAGCCUGCCCGGAUCCCAGUACGCUGCUGUACGUCGGAAUAAACAAACCGCUCGCUGACUUUCUCCGGACUGCGUGGUUAGCCGGAAGACGAAUCUGGUUUCUUGCAGGUGUUGACGUUGAGUAGGCCUCAUUAGCAUAUGAAGAUGGCUGCUUCCAAAGACGCCAUCCCUUCCUUAGCCGAAUGUCAGUGCGGGAUCUGUAUGGAAAUACUGCUAGAGCCGGUAACCCUUCCUUGCAACCACACGCUCUGUAACCCGUGCUUCCAAUCGACUGUUGAAAAGGCCAACCUGUGCUGUCCCUUCUGUCGCCGCCGGGUCUCUUCGUGGACUCGGUACCAUACCCGAAGAAAUUCUCUUGUCAAUACAAAACUGUGGGAGAUGAUUCAGAAACACUAUGCAAAGGAAUGUAAGCUUAGAGUCUCUGGACAAGAAUCAAAGGAAAUCGUUGAUGACUACCAGCCAGUUCGUCUGUUAAGUAAACCUGGGGAGUUGAGAAGAGAAUAUGAAGAGGAGAUAAGCAAGGUGGAGGCUGAACGACAAGCCAGCAAGGAAGAAGAAAACAAAGCCAGUGAGGAAUACAUACAGAGAUUGUUGGCGGAAGAGGAGGAGGAGGAGAAAAGACAGACAGAAAAAAGGAGAAGUGAGAUGGAAGAGCAGCUGAAAGGCGAUGAGGAGCUGGCGCGGAGGCUCAGCAUCAGUAUUAACAAUAACUAUGAGAAAAAUACCUUGGCUUCUCCUUCGAGUUCCAGAAAGUCAGAUGCAGUCACAAACAAGUCACAAAAGAAAAAUACAAACAAACAAAAAAACUUUGGAGAUAUUCAAAAGUAUUUGUCACCUAAAUUGAAGUCUCGGUCAGCAUGGCCCUGUGAAGCUGUACCUGGAGAGGAUAAAAGCAGCAUAUCUAAGGAAACUGACAGUAGUGACCCAAAGAGCCCUGUGUGGCAAGACACAGAAAUUGAAGAAGAUAUGCCAACACUUUCUCCACAGAUAUGCCUAGAAACUCAAGAACAAGGUUCAGAGUCUUUGAGAGAAUCACCUGUGCCAUGGUUAUUUGCCAGGGAUGCCAAACAGUGCCUUGAAGGAACAGUUGAAACACUGUCAACCAAUCCUGAUGAUUUAUGUGUUGUAAAUCAUGAGGGACCUAAAGCCAAAGUUUCCUACUCUAACGAAGCUACAGUUAAGCCUUCUGGUAAAAUAGAAAAUGAAGAGUGCUCUGUGUCAAAUGUGACCCAGUUAGCUGGCGGUAACAGAGUUCCAGAAAGUAGAGUGUAUCAUCUAGUACUUGGAAAGGAGAUUUCUGAGAGAGAAAACCAGGAAUCUGUGUUGGAAGCAGUCAUGGAUCCAUGCUUUUCUGCAAAAAGGAGGAAAGUUUUCCUCAAAUCCUCAGAUCAAGAAGAAUCAGAAGGGAAUUUUACACAAAAACUGAUAGAUUUGGAACGUAUGCUUUUUGAGAGACAUAAGCAAGAAGAACAGGACCGGUUGUUAGCAUUGCAACUUCAGAAGGAGGUGGAUAAAGAGCAAAUGAUGCUAAACCGACAGAAAGGGUCCCCAGAUCAGUACCAGUUGCGCACAUCUUCGCCCCCAGACAGGCUGCUGAAUAAACAGAGGAAGAAUUCCAGAGAUAGGAACUCCGGAAAGCAGACUAAUUCAGAGCGUUCGAAAUCUCAGAGGAGCACAAAAGAUGAAUAUUGGCAACCCUUUAAAAGCACUUGGAAGGAUUCAGUUAAUGGAAGAAAGAUGCCAGGUCCAGCUAAAGAUGAUUGUAGUAAUGCAUCCAAGAGCAUUUAUUCCCAGCAGCCUAGUAAUUCACAGAAAAGUAUUAUUCAGAUGUUUCAGAGAUAAACCAAGCAAAGCAUGAGUAAAGAGAGUGUUCUGUAAUUAGUAAAGCUGUAUUGUAAAGCUAGCUCUUUUCAGUCAUAAAAUCUUAAGAUGUGCCAUUAUUUCUGCUCAGCAAGCACACUUACUCUUCUUUUUUAAGGUAUGGUUACACAGGAAGAAUCUACAAAUAUGUUUCUGCAAAAGUCAGUGAUAAGGAAAGGUCCUUAAUAGUUUCCGUUGUCAAUAACUGCUGUGUUCUAAUUGUGACCAUCUUUACAGUUAGCUAUAAAAAUGCCUAGGUCAGGACAUCUUCAGGUACCAUUCCCUUUCCAAAACUCCCAUGUUUUAUGGCCUUUCUUUUGUUUUGAAUGAGUAAGGAAUCCACAUGGGUGGCUUCCAUAACACUAAAGUAGUUCAUUCCCAGACCUGCUCUAAUCUAAGCAUCCCAGCCUUUCCUUUGAUUUAAGAUGGAUUAGGAUGUACAUCAACUAUUUGACUAAAAGGCUGCUAGGUUGUUAACACAAAAGGGUUUAAGAGUGGGAUGGGGCUGAGUGGUGGGCUGGCAGUUAGGGGUCACUGGAACUGUAUUAGAAACUGGGUCCAGAAUGGCUACUCAAUUUCUUGUGGCAGAACAUUCUCUUUCAUCCCUUCUUUGUUAAGCGACAAAAUAUUUUAGGUUUACGGCUUUUCACACUGUGGUAUCUUUGUAAAUAUUGUGAUAUUUUUACUGAUCUCUUCUAGAAAAGGGACUUUACUGUAGGACCGUGCAUUCCCAUCCUUAUUGCCUACUGGCUCAGACUUUUAUUUGUGUUUUUGCACAGAGAUAGAAAGUGGUAUGUGGUGUUUGCCCAUGCUUGCCCUGAAAGGUAAAUCCAAAGGAAACUGACUUUAUCUUGUGAAAUUGAACUUGUACUACUAUCUUUCCUUUCAUUAAGACAAAUAACUUUUAGCAAACCAUAGUUCCAAUAGUGUUUCUUCUGGUGUCCUGGCAUCCAUUUAUUGUUAACAUAAUGAACUAUCCUAGUGCAGUGUUUGGCUUGAGCUUUUUCUUCCAUUUUUGAGAUUGUUUUUAUGUUUAUCUUGGCAUAAUUUUUUUCUAAGAGCAAUUUACCUUAAUGCUUUAAGUGUUGAACUCGAAAUUAAAAGUUAUCACAGUGAA